AUGUGGAGCUGGCAGGGGCAGCAGCAGCGCGGGCGGCAGCAGCCCCCAGGCGUGGUGCCGCUGAGCGUGUGGCUCGUCCUGUUGCUGCCCGCCUGCCCCCACGCCCUCGCCUCUCACGCCGGUCGGUUGCUGCUGGGCGUGGGCACACCGCCGCGGCGACUACUGGCGGACAUGCCCCUUAUCCCCCAAGUGGCCCCUCUCGAUGGCAAAGCAUCCGGCAUAGUUGACAGUGACAGCGAGAAGGGAAACGGGGAGGAAGGGGAGAGCGAGGAGGGCGAGGACGGGGAGGGGAGGUGCGCGCCAGUGGAGCAGUGGAGCUGGGAGGAGGUGGAGGCGGCAACUGAUGGUUUUAGCGAGGAGCGCACUAUCGAGGACGCGGGGCACUCGGCGGUGUUCAGAGCAGUGGGACGCGGUGGGGAGGAGCUGGCGGUGAAGCGCGCCAAGCGGGUGUCAGUGGAGGGGCAGCACCUCUUCCGCAACCAGGUGGGCUCAAUUCGCCUCUCUUCACUCCUUGGCACCGCUCUUCACUCCUUCACACCGCUCUUCACUCCUUGGCACCGCUCUUCACUCCUUCGCACCGCUCUUCACUCCUUCGCACCGCUCUUCGCUUUCUUUGCUCAUUUGCUCCUCUCGCCUGUCAAAUGCGGUGGAGUUCCUGGAGGGAGUGCGGCAUCCCAACAUAGUGGCGCUUCUCGCCUUCAGCAGCCUGACAUUUCCAUUAACGUCAUGACCGCUCUGCACCCCUUUCCAUUCCCUGGGUCGCAGGUGGAGUUCCUGGAGGGAGUGGAGUUCCUGGAGGGAGUCGAGUUCCUGGAGGGAGUGCGACAUCCCAACAUAGUGGCGCUGCUGGCAUUCAGUGAGGAUCGCAACGAGCAGAUCCUCGUGUUUGAGUUCGUGCCCAAUGGCUCCCUCACUGACUGGCUCAGGCCGCUGGAUGUCUCCAAGCCGCCAUUAUCGUUCGGGCAGCGCCUGGCGAUAGGAGCGGAGGUGGCGCGGGCGAUCAAGUACCUGCAUGCCUUGACGCCUCCUGUGCUGCACCGGGACAUCAAAUCAGAGACAAUUCUGCUGGAUAACGACUUCAAGGUCAAGGUGGGCGGGCUGGGCGUGCUGAACCAGCUACCAGGGGAGGCCGUCAAGCUGGGCGGGCUGGGCGUGCUGAAGCACCUGCCAGGGGAGGCCAUGCGGCUGCGCAUGCAGCGCAAGCGAGGCUACCUGGACCCGGAAUACUUCCAGAGCUUCCGAAUCACUAGCAAAUGCGACGUGUACAGUUUCGGAGUGGUGCUGCUGGAGUUGAUUACAGCGAAGCUGCCAAUAGUGGAUGAGAAGGACGUUGUCAUGGGAUCCCGCACCAGCAAGCGAUUCGUUACCCUUGUGCAGUGGGCCCUUCCGAAGAUCAAGGAGGGGAAAUAUAAUGACAUGGUGGACCCGCGCAUGGGAGCGUACCCCGCCCUUCCGAAGAUCAAGGAGGGGAAGUACAACGACAUGGUGGACCCGCGCCUGGGAGCGUACCCCGGGGACCUCAUGGAGAUCUUCUGUGGCAUUGCCGCACAGUGCGUGACUCCGCAGCGCAAGAACCGACCCGACAUCGACGUGGUGUCUGCUUGGAUGGACGAGCUCAUUCAGAAGGAUGCUGCCUCGCGAGAGCCGCUCUCUCGGUUCAUGCGAGCGGUGCCAGAAGAGGAGGAAGUGGAGGAGGAUGAGGAAGCGGGGGAGGUGGGUGAGGUGGUGAAGGGAGGGAAAGAGGUGGUGGUGGUGAUGACAGAGGAAGCUGGUGAUGGGGAGAAGGUCGGGGAAAGGAGCAAAGAGAGGCCCAAGGAUGGCCCUCUUCCUGGUGGUGGGACUGAGGUUGCUGCUUCUUCGGCUGAUUCGGUUAGUGCCCAAACAGAUACCGGUAUUGGCAUCAGCGCAGGUGCUGCCGCUGUCAGUGCUGAGGUUUGCAUCGGAGUCGAUGGAAAUGUGGCACCGGCUCAAAAAGAGGACGACCGUGUGGGUGUAGAGGUUUAUGCUGGACUUGGGACUUAG